AUGGUUCACUCUCUCUAUUUUUGUUUACUUCUACUUCUGUAUUUUGAUCUUGUUUUUUCUUUCACGAAGACUGCUAUGGCACUUUGUCACAUAAAAAAAAAGGCACAAAACAAGAAGCGUAACUGGAAAAAGCAGCAAAGCAAGAAGGGCAACUCAAAGAAGCAGCAAAGCAAGAGGGGCAACUUGAAGAAGCAGCAGUGCAAGAAGGCUGGUUCUCCUUCCCUUGAGGCUAAUUUGAGCAGCCCUGAAGGGAUUGAAACCCAGGAAACAAAUUUUCAGGAAUUGUCACUGGCUAUUGAGGAAGAAAACAUCCCAACUCAGCCAGAGAAGGGCUCUCCAAGUGUCGGUGUAUGUUCUGCUGAGCCAGUGCUGAUGGCAGAGCGAUCGGCGGUUGUUUACCAUGGUUCUGACAAUGAACAUGGAUACACAUGUAACGUGACUUACGAGCAAAGUGAUUCAAAUAUGCAAAGCGGACCAGAAAACCUUGGAAGCAAAGAAACAUGCUGGAACUCAAGUUUCCUUGGACAACCUUCCGUGGAAUCACGAACUCCUAUGACGAAAUCACCGGUCUUUGGAUGGCCGGAUCCUACAGCGGGAGGAACAUGCCAUAAUGAAGGCAACACUGCAUAUAACAGUGAAUACGAAGAUGGUAUCUGUCUCUCGGAGUUGGAUUUCUGGAGAGACGAGCAGUUGAUUCAAGAACAGAUUCAUGAUGCGCUUUAUUAAUGGCAGCCUGAGAAGACAGAGACCUCA